AUGGACGACCCAGGCAAUAUCAUAGUGAUAGAUGAUAAUGCCAGCAGCACAAGUAGCGACACACUCGAUCAUGAAACAAGAAGUGUUACGAUAGACAACGAUUCUAGUUCUAGCAGUUCCUACUUUUUACGCCAAUACACUCGUACAGAAACUCCUUUCACCUCAUUACCGCAGGAAGUUGUCGACCUUACAGAGAACUUCCUUACAGACUCAGAGUUAUUUGACGAAGGUGAUUAUGUUACGGAUGAGUGUCUUGAGGUCUUACUCGAAAACGGGCUUUACGUACAGCACACGUCUGGCUCCCCUUGCCCUGCUCAGCUGGAGCUCCCGGAGAGAAAGCCUCUGGAGGAAAUAAUUUCAGACGGGAUUAUUUAUAAGCUGGGACAGUCAGUUGAACUUCAUGAUGAUACAUUUUUCCGUAUAUGUUCUAUAUGGGAGAACACGAAGGGCGAAAUCUACUUCCAGGGCCGCCGACUGCUAAAAGUCAAAGAUCAUAUUGGCACUUAUCUUCCCCGGUGGAAUAACGAGUUGGUUUGGAUUGCAAAUGAAGCUGCUGAGAUUCCCUUAGAGCUUGUUCGACGUUUUGUUUCGGUCUGCUUCACUAAUUACCGUUACAGUAAUCGAGACCAGCAAAAGAAGUGUUCAAAAUAUCUGUUCUGUCGGCUGAAAGAAAUUCUCCGCAAGGAAACCACAUCGGUCGAAUAUUUAACAUACGAAGAAGCAGACACUGGAUACCGUAUCAUUCCAGCAGCUCUGCGCCACUCGUGGCGAGGAGAGACUCCUUUAUUUGGCAGCGAAGAACAUCAAGCACCAGUUAUUGUGUUAGAUGAGGUUGAAAAUCCUGAACAGCAGAUAUGCCGAAAAUAUACCUUUGGUGACGCGUUUUGUGGUGCUGGAGGUGUUUCUUGCGGUGCUCAAACUGCCGGUUUGCAUAUAAAGUGGGCAUUUGAUAAGUCGCAGAAUGCUGCAGCAACAUACCGGCUCAACUUCCCCAGGGUUGAAUGCGAAAAUAGUGAUAUAUUCAGCUUCCUGACUAAUAACGAGGAUUUCCUUCGGGUAGAUAUUACCCACGGCUCACCACCAUGUCAGACAUUCUCCCCAGCGCAUACAAUAGCCGGGCCUAAUGAUGAUGCGAACUCAGCAUGUAUUUUUUCUUGUGGGGACCUUAUUCGCAAAGCAAAACCUAGAAUCCACACGAUGGAGGAGACAAGCGGCCUUUGCGAGCGACACAAGGAGAUCUUCUUCGGAGUAAUCCGUGACUAUAUUGAGAUUGGGUAUUCUGUUCGCUGGGCUGUUUUGAAAUUUAUGGAGUAUGGUGUCCCCCAAAUACGGAAGAGACUGGUCGUUAUUGCUUCUGGACCCGGUGAAACCCUUCCACCGAUACCACGCGCGACUCACGGCUUACCGGAGACUGGUUUGCGCGAAAUAGCAACCAUCAACCGGGUCAUUUCGAGCAUUCCUGCUGGGACUCCUGAUCACGAUGUUGAAAAUGCAAGAGCUUUAAGAAAAGUACCCUUUGAUGGGAACCGACUAGCGAAGACAAUAACCUGCGGUGGCGGUGAUAAUUACCACCCGUCUGGAGAGCGUUGCUUCACAAUACGAGAGUCUGCGUGUUUGCAGACGUUCCCAUUGAACUUCCGCUUCCAACAAGAUGCACGGACACAGAUUGGAAAUGCAGUUCCUCCUGUGUUCGCCAAGGCGAUUUAUGGCGAGAUUAUCAGAUCAUUGCGAGAGACGGAUAAGCGAGAAUCCAGCCGGUCAUUGCCUGGUCCGUGA